AUGGGGCGAUCAAAGCUCAGAGCCGCCCUGCAAGCCGAGCAGGGCAAAGACCAGGAGUACUACAAGAAGCUCAAACAAAAGAAGAAGGAGAAGCAACACAAGAAAGAGAAGCCUGGCAAAUCGGGCCGUGCUGCAAAUGGCGGGGUGAAGACCCCCGAGGACGACGAUGAGCACUGGGAGAGCCUGGACGACGAGGAAGACUCCGAAGGUGACGAUGAGGAGCCUUCAAAUGGUCUGCUAGACAUUGAGGCCGAGGAGAGUGACGAGGACGAGGAAGAUGAGGAAGCAUACGAUCUCGAAGCGAUAAACGACAGCGAGUCAUCAGAUUCCGAAGUCGAGAUGGAGGAGAAGAUUGAGCGUGUCCCGAAGUCCAAGAAACAAACAAAAGAAGCCUCUAAAAAGGCUGAGAAGAAAGCACUGGCACCCGCGAAGGAUGCCGAGGAAGAGGAGGAGGAAGACGACGAGGAAUCAGUAGCUAUGUCGGAUCUCGAGGAUCUUGACGAUGAAGAGAAAGAAGACCUUAUCCCCCAUACCAAACUCCGCAUCAACAACACCACAGCCCUCCUUGCCGCUCUCAACAGGAUAGCAAUACCGACCGACUCUAGCGUUCCAUUUGCCACACAUCAAUCCGUCGUAUCCUCCAAGCCCACAGCCGAAUCCAUCGAAGACAUCCAGGAUGAUCUGCAGCGAGAAGUGCAAUUCUAUGCACAAAGUUUGGAGGCUGCGAAGAAGGCCCGUACUCUGUUGAAGGCGGAGGGCGUGCCUUUCUCUAGACCGAAUGACUACUUCGCGGAGAUGGUCAAGGAUGAUGGACACAUGGAGAAGGUGAAGGAGAAGCUCGUUGAAGACGCAACCGCAAAGAAGGCUUCCGCCGAGGCGCGCAAGUUGCGUGACCUCAAGAAAUUUGGCAAGCAAGUCCAGGUUGCAAAGCUACAGGAGCGACAGAAGGCCAAGAAAGACACACUAGAGAAGAUCAAGGCCCUGAAGAGGAAACGACAAGAGUCCGGCGGUGACACGUCCAUCAACGAGGCUGACCUCUUCGACGUCGGCGUCGAGAGCGAGCUCAGCAAGCCCGGCAAGAGGCGCCGAGAGGAGCACGGCGCGCCCAACGCCAAGCGGCAGAAGAAGAACGAGAAGUACGGCUUCGGCGGCAAGAAGCGUCAUUCCAAGUCCGGAGAUGCCGCCAGCGCGGGCGACCUGAGCGGCUUCAGCGUCAAGAGGAAUAAGAGCGGCGUCAAGGGCAAGAUCCCCAAGACCUCACGGCUAGGGAAGAGCCGUAGGAAGGCCGUGGCAUCGAAGAGGUAG